AUGGCGCCGCAGAAGCGGCGCUACGAGCCGCUGCAUGAGCAGAGGGAGCUCGCGGAGGUCUCACGGAGGUUCCGCGCGACGCUGGAGGAGCGCAAGAGGACCGGUGAGAGAGGUGAAUGCGAGGGCGUGCGGGACUCGGCAGUGCCGUACAGCAGCCCGGUGCUAGAGCGGCCCUUUCCCUGGGAGAUCCCAGACCCCGCGCAGGCGCGCCUGGCCGCCGAGCUGGCCGCUCAGCGCAGCAUUCUCAGGGAGGCCGAGCCCCUGCAUCGCCGGUCCCGCGCCAAGCCGGAUAAGCCGCAGGCGACGGCGCCAACGCCGGAGGCUGCCGGCCCGCCAGGGGUCAAGGAGGACGACGACGCAGUUGCUGUUUGUGUCCGGGAGUUGCAGCGUCGGCUGGCCGCGACGAAGGUCACGGACGCGUCGGACGUCUCGGACAGCGACGACGGGGACGCGAGCAGCGACGGGGGCGACGCGUUCGCGGACCCCGCGGGACGAGGGACCAAUCAUGGUUUGCCAACUGCGGAUGACUUGGCGCACCUAUCGGACGAGGACCUGCAAGACUACGCCGAGCGAGCGGGCGCAGCGGGGGCCCGCUGCCUCGAGCUGCUCGCAGCGGCCCUCAGCGCCAGCCGCCGCAUCCUCGGCGACGCCGCCGACGCCCCCGCCGCCACCGCGCGAUCGCUGCUGCGACCAGCGCGGCCCGACGCUGGGCAGGUCAGUGCGCACGCUGCGGGCGGCGGCCGGGCGACCGCGGGCGACCGCGCGGCGCACGCGGCCGUGGGCCGCCACCUGCGCGCGUGCGGGGCCGAGCUGUCCGCGGGGGGAUUCGAGGACGAGGCGUGGAGCGACAAAUACCAAACGGUGACUUCCCAGGGCGUGGAUCAAAUACUGGCGCGCGGGGGCGGCGCGUGGCCGCCGAACGACGCGCUCGCGGAGGUCGCCGCGUUCUUCGGCGCGCCGCACAAGGACGACCUGGAGCGCCACGUGCGGCGCGGGCGCGUGGACCACGCUGUCGAGGCAUACGGCCGCUUGCAGGCUGCGCGCGCCCGGCUGCUCAGCACGCUGUGA